AUGUCGACUUCUCAACUCCCAAUACGCGUCCUAGAGGAUGAAAAAAUCGUCCUCUCGGACGGCACUGUCCUCUCGGCCCUGAUCUGGAUGCCCAAGAAUGCAGAGGCCAGCCAUGUUCCAGCAAUCCUCGAGUACUUGCCCUACCGAAAACGAGAUGGCACCUCCUUUCGGGACGCCCUCAAUCAUCCCUACGUCGCCGCCCAUGGGUAUGCCUGCGUCCGCGUCGACAUGCGAGGCUCAGGAGACUCGGAAGGCGUCCUACUCGGCGAGUAUCUCAAGCAGGAGCAGGAUGACGCCCUGGAGAUUCUGCAGUGGAUCGCGUCUCAAGCGUGGUGCACUGGGUCUAUCGGCAUGAUGGGGAUCUCCUGGGGAGGCUUCAACGGGCUUCAAGUCGCCGCUCGACGUCCCAAGGAGCUCAAGGCGGUCAUCUCGCUCUGCUCUACUGAUGACCGCUACGACAAUGACGUCCACUACAUGGGCGGCUGUCAGCUUGUCGACAACUUCCUCUGGGGAGCCACCAUGUUCUCCAUUGCGCCCACGCCGCCCGAUCCAGCCCUCGUCGGCGACAAGUGGCGUGACAUGUGGAUGGAACGCCUGGAGACGGGCUCGCCUUAUAUUGAGGGGUGGCACCAGCAUCAGAGACGCGACGAGUUCUGGGAACAUGCGUCCAUCUGCCAGGACUACAGCGCCGUCCAGUGCCCCGUCUACCUCGUCGGCGGUUGGCACGACCCCUAUUCCAACUCCAUCUUCCGCAUGCUAGAGCACCUCGAGUGUCCCAAGAAGGGCCUAGUUGGGCCCUGGGCGCACAAGUACCCCAACUUUGCAGUGCCCAGGCCGCAGAUUGGCUUCCUGCAGGAGAUGCUGCGUUGGUGGGAUAAGUGGCUCAAGGGCAAGGAGACGGGCAUCAUGGAUGAGCCCAUGUUGCGGUGCUAUCUGGAGGACACGACGCCGCCGCAGAGAUUCUAUACCCAUCGGCCUGGACGAUGGGUUGCUGAGACGAGUUGGCCUAGCGGGAGGGGCUCAACCAAGGUCUUGAGUCUUGCGCCAGGACAGCUGCUUGAUGGUGCCUUGAUCAGUAAGCAGCACAUCUCGUUCUGCUCGCCUCAGACUGUUGGGUUCGCCGCUGGGAGAUGGGUUCCCUACGGUUUCGACUCGGACUUGCCUGGUGACCAGCGUGACGAGGCUGCUGGCUCCCAGGUGUUUGACACUGAGCCGCUUACCCAGCCUCUGGAGUUCCUUGGUCCCAUCAUGGUUCGUCUUCGCAUCGCUAGCGACAAGCCAAACGCCUUCAUCGCAGCCGUCGUCUCCGAGGUGCUGCCGGACGGUUCAGCGACAAGGCUCACCUACGGAGUUUUGAAUCUCACCCACCGUGAGGGUCAUGUAGACCUGAAGCCUCUCGAGCCAGGCCAGUUCUACGACGUAGCCGUCAAGUUGAACGAGUGCGGCCAACGCGUAGGCGUCGGAAGCGUUCUCCGUCUCGCGCUAUCGUCGUCAUAUUUCCCGACCGUAUGGCCCUCGCCCGAAGCUGCAACUCUGACGGUUGAUUGUGCUGCCAGCACUCUGGAACUUCCAACCCGGCCAUCUUGUCCGGAGGAUGACCGUUUGGCGGCUUUCGAACCUCCUGUGUGCAGCCCGCCACUCAAGGCCAAGACACUGCGCCCUCCUGGGAACAAGAACAGCAUCGCCAAGAACUUGGAGACAGAUGAGGUCACCAUUAGCUUUGACGCUGACGAGGGACUGUUUGAGAAUGAAGAGAAUGGAUGGCGCUUUGGGGGCUUUACCAAAGUCACCUGCAGUGUCCGGCCAGAUGACCCCCUGUCGGCACAGGCUGACCAGAACUUUCGUCAAGAGUUUGGCCGCGAGGAUUUGAGUCUGGCUAUCGAUGGUUGGACUAAAAUGACGGCCACCAAGACGGACUGGCUGAUCAACACGCGGAUGGAAGCGUGGGAGAACAAGGACAAGAUCUUUGAGCGGGAACACUCUUACAAGAUCCCUCGUGACCACAUGUAG